UGCCCUCCGUUUGUGCUCUUCCACAAUCUUGUAUUGUAUAUUUCUUUCGUUUUUGUUCCUCAUUUUCUUUUAACAGAAAAAAAUUAUUGCAUAUCAAUCAUCUUAGGUACAGAGGAAGUUACAGGAUGAAGGACACGUAAGCCUUCGUUGUUACCACUUCCCAUCCCGCACACGCAUUGCAUAACCAUUUCUCUCUCUCUCUCUCUCUUCCUCCCUAUCUCAACAACAUAGAUCUGUCCCCUCCAUUUCAAGUGUACAAACUAUACAUACAGUUAAUACUCAACAUGGAGCUUAGUACUAUUAAAGAUGCUUUUGACCGUGUUACUAAGAAGCAAAAGUCAUCUAGCUCCAAGACUCAAGAAGUGAUUGAUCAGAUCAGACAGGAAAUUGAGAAUGUUUUAGAUACGAUGCAGUCAGUCAAUAACACCGACCAUGUGCUUGAUCAUAAAACUGUCCUGAAUGAGCUCAAGGCUAGUUUACUUCAAACCGCUCCACUUAGCCAAAUGGAAGGUACACAGAAGGAGCUAAAUGUAGCACUCAGCAAGUAUGGGAAGCUUCUUGAGAAAAAUUUCAACACUGAUAUAUCCAAGGCUUACAGAAAUAUUGACAUUGAUGUACAUACUUUGAACCAAAUAAUUGCCAACCAUUUUUAUCGGCAGGGCCUUUUUGAAAUAGGGGACCAUUUUCUAAGUGUGGUUGGAGAGCCCGAAUCUGCUGCUGUUAUGAAAUCCCCAUUCCUGGAAAUGUAUCAAAUACUCGAAGCCAUGAAGAAUCAGGACCUGGAGCCAGCCCUCAAGUGGGCUACCAGUAAUUCUGACAAACUUGCUCAAAGUGGAUCUGACAUUGUGCUGAAGCUUCACUCAAUGCAAUUUGUAAAAAUACUUCAAAAUGGAAGUAGAGACGAAGCCCUUCAUUAUGCUAGAACUUACCUUUCUCCUUUUGCUUCCAGUCACAUCGCUGAUAUCCAGAAGCUUAUGGGAAGUCUUCUGUGGACUGGAAAGCUUGAUAGCUCUCCUUACCAUGCAUUAUUAUCCCCAUCAAACUGGGAUAGGUUGGCUGAGGAACUUAAAAGGCAAUUCUGCAAUCUUUUGGGACAGUCAUACAACAGUCCAUUGAGUGUGACUAUAUCAGCAGGGGUCCAAGCUUUGCCACCUCUUCUCAAAUUUAUGAAUGUCAUGGUAGGGAAGAAGCAGGAAUGGCAGACUAUGAACCAGUUACCGGUGCCUGUUGAGCUGGACAGCGAACUCCAGUUCCAUUCCAUUUUUGUUUGUCCUGUCUCAAAGGAACAAGCUACUGAGGAUAACCCUCCUAUGUUAAUGUCCUGUGGCCAUGUCCUCUGUAAACAGUCUAUCUCGAAGAUGUCCAAGAACGGCUCGAAAUUAUUCAAGUGCCCAUAUUGUCCCUUUGAUGUUGAUGCAGCACUUUGCAAGCAACUAUAUUUCUGAUGUUUAUGGGUUUGUAUGAAACACUCUGUAAACUGAAUCUUCUGUUAGCAUAGGUGUACCUGUGUAUGGUGGUUGCUAAAGCCCAUGCCUAGUUGUGAUGUCUGUAUGUUUUAUAAAUUUGUAAAUAGAUAUUCUUCUUAAUGUUGAUAUGGCCCGCAAGUUCUUCAUUGA